GUACAGGCUCGGCGAUUUAAUGUUGUUAAUUUGGGAAAUCGUGUGUUUUUAUACAUAAAAUAACUUUAUAUUGAGUUUCUUAGUCUUCACAAAAUCCACAGCCACAGGUGGGUGAAAAAAACCCGCAGAGCCGCAAAUCGUCAUCUGUUUCGAGUUGCUGCGGCAGAGAAAGGGUUAAGAGUCACAUGGUAGCGGGUGGUAUUAUCAGCCCUGGGCUAAAAAAAAAAAAAAAAAAAAAAGUGUAUGUGCAGGAAAAAAAACCUUUAGGAGAACAAAGAAAUCAGAGUCUAUUUAAAGAGAGGUAGCCACUGCGCACCGCUCACAGCUGCGCCAAAUCCAGCCUGCCUGUGCACCAGCAGCACCAACAGCAGCUCCAGCACCUCCAGCACCUCCAGCACCUCCACCUCCACCUCCAGCAGCAGCAGCAGCAGCGGCGGCGGCGGAUCGGCUCCGGACGGCGGCGAGGAUGCGGACUUCUCUGCUCGUGUGCUGCUGCGUCUUUGCGCUGCAAUGCGUCCCGAGCACGCUCUGUGUCCCGGUGCGGGGACCCGGCAGGUACAAGCUGGCACCGGUCUCUGAAAAGUUCCCCGACCUGAAGAAGAAGGGAAGAGCUCCUCAUUCUCAGGACCUGGUGAAGGAGACGAGUCUGCAGACGACCAACGCCUCCAACACGUGGAACCGCCCUCGAUGCGGCGUGCCGGACUUCCCCGCACACAAAGAGGUGAAUUAUCGGGGCCGACAGAGACGCUUUGUCCUGUAUGGAGGACGCCUGGAGAAGACGGACCUCACCUACAGGAUCGUGCGGUUCCCCUGGCAGAUCAGUGAGGAGAAGGUUCGCCGUGUGUUCCGCGAGGCGCUGAAGAUCUGGAGCGACGUGACGCCGCUGACCUUCACCGAGGUCCACAGCGGGAAGGCCGACAUCCGCAUCGACUUCACCAGGUACUGGCACGGAGACACGCUGCCCUUCGACGGCCCCGGGGGGAUCCUCGCUCACGCCUUCUUCCCCAGAACUCACCGGCAGGGAGACAUCCACUUCGACUACGACGAGUCCUGGACCCUCGGGAACCACAUGGGCACAGACCUCCUGCAGGUCGCCGCCCAUGAGUUCGGGCACGUCCUGGGCCUGCAGCACUCCCGCGAGCCGGGAGCCAUCAUGUCCGCAUACUACUCCUUCUCCUACCCGCUGAGGCUGAGCGAGGACGACAAGCGAGGCAUCCAGUACCUGUACGGAGCGCAGCCGCGGGUCCUGCCUUCGCCAUCGCCGCCGCCACCGCCACCCAACCCUGAGACCAACGAGAUUGUCACUAAUCCCGACGCCUGCCAGACGGACUUUGAUGCCGUGUCUAUGAUCCGGGGGGAGCUGUUCUUCUUCAAGGCGGGCUACGUGUGGCGGAUCAGGGACGGGCAUCUGGAGAGCGGCUACCCGGCGCUGGCGUCCCGUCACUGGAGGGGGAUUCCCGACAACAUCGACGCCGCCUUUGAAGACAAGUCGGGAAAUAUCUGGUUCUUUCAAGGGGGGAACUACUGGGUGUUUGACGCUGAGAUGCAGAUCAGAGGGCCCGACUCCGUCAGGGGUCUGGGCCUGUCGGUGCCGGGGAUCCAGGCGGCGCUGCGCUGGGGCCACGACGCCAGCUACGACACCUACUUCUUCAGCUCGGGCAGCUACUGGAGGUUCAGCCCCGGAGACAACCGGGUGGAGUCCGUGUACCCGCGCAGCAUGCAGGACUGGAGCGGCAUCCCCGACGACGUGGACGCUGCCUUCAGGGACAUCUACGGCUACGCUCACUUCCUCCGAGGCCGACAGUACUGGAAGUUCGACCCGGUCGGUAUGAACUCGUUGGAGGGCUACCCUCGCUACGUCGGCAUGGAUUUUUUUGGCUGUAGGAACGUCAGAGACGUUUGUGUUUUCAUCCUGCGGAUUCAGGAGGCGAUCUCCUUCAAAUCUGUUUAUGCUUUACUCCAUUUAUUGAAUUACACCUUCUUCUCAGGAAAACCAGUGAGCAGCAGCAGGAGGAGGAGGAGGAUGGCUCACAGCUUCACUCAGGAGUACUUUCAGAUCCCCGUGGUGACCCGAGCGUACACCACCGCCUGUGUCCUCACCACCGCCGCCGUGCAACUUGACGUCAUCACCCCCUUCCAGCUUUACUUUAACCCCGACCUCAUCAUCAGAAGAUACCAGAUAUGGCGUCUGAUCACCAGCUUCCUCUUCUUUGGUUCUCUUGGAUUCAGUUUCGUGUUCAAUAUCAUCUUUCUUUAUCGAUACUGUCGAAUGCUGGAGGAAGGAUGUUUCCGGGGAAGGACGGCUGAUUUUGUCUUCAUGUUUCUGUUCGGAGGAAUCGUGAUGAGCCUGUUCGGUCUGUUCGCCAACGUCUUCUUCCUGGGCCAGGCCUUCAUCAUCAUGCUGGUGUACGUGUGGAGCCGCAGACAUCCGCUCGUACGCAUGAACUUCUUCGGCCUGCUCAACUUCCAGGCGCCGUUCCUCCCCUGGGUGCUCACGGGCUUCUCGCUGCUGCUCGGGAACUCCAUCGUGGUCGACCUCCUGGGCAUCAGUGUGGGUCACAUGUACUACUUCUUAGAAGACGUGUUUCCAAACCAGCCGGGAGGAAGGAAGCUGCUGAUGACACCAGAACUUCUACGGACCAUGUUUGACCAGCCAGAAGACCCAGACUACCGUCCCCUCCAAGAGGAGCAGCAGGGAGGAGGAGGUCUGCAGCAGGGGGGAGGAGGUCUGGAGCGGGGCGGAGGAGGUCUGCAGCAGGGAGGAGCAGGUCUGGAGCAGGGAGGAGGUCUACAGCAGGGAGCAGGUCUGGAGCAGGGAGGUGGAGGUCUGCAGCAGGGAGGAGCAGGUCUGGAGCAGGGAGGAGCAGGUCUGGAGCAGGGAGGAGGUCUACAGCAGGGAGCAGGUCUGGAGCAGGGAGGUGGAGGUCUGCAGCAGGGAGCAGGAGGUCUGCAGCAGGGAGCAGGUCUGGAGCAGGGAGGAGGUCUGCAGCAGGGAGGAGGAGGUCUGCAGCAGGGAGCAGGUCUGGAGCAGGGAGGAGGAGGUCUGCAGCAGGGAGCAGGUCUGGAGCAGGGAGGAGGUCUACAGUAG